AUGUCAGCGCUACUCAGGGAACCGGGAGAAAAAUCUCUCUCGACGCUCCUGGCCACACUUACCGCCGUCCUCGGCCCUACAACCUAUGUUUUUGCGACGCUUAAAGACGAGGCGAAUCUGCCGCCCGUGUCUGAGGUGCAGCUUUUCUUCCGCGAGGAGGAGGGCAUCACGAUAGUCACAAGCCUCGACUGCGCGAAAUCCCACAAUCUGGAGUACUUCUUUCCCUGCAGAAUGAUCACGCUCGGCGUGACGUCGAGUUUGGAGGCUGUCGGGUUCAUGGCGGUGAUUGCGACCAAGUUGGCGACGAGGGCCAUGGGCGUGAACCCCGUAAGCGGAUUUUAUCAUGACCAUCUAUUUGUUCCGCUCGGGAGGGAAAACGAGGCCAUGGAGGCGUUGAAGGAGCUGGCUGAGGAGAAGAGGAGUGCCACUUCCAGCCAGGAUUAA